CGUAGUGAUCGGUCAUUUGUGCCUCCCCUGCUUCCCUUCCCUCCUGCCUGGGCUUUUCUGCGGCUUUUUUCCUCGUUGCUUCAUGUCAUACCACGGCUAAUUCCACACAUUCCUCCUCCGGCUUCAAACGAAGAGUAGCUGCGGGUCAAAAAGUACAUUCAACAAAAAUCCAACAAAAGCAAGAACAAAAGAGAAAAGGAAGCCAACUGUUGCUCCACCUGCGACUCCCAGCAGGGGUCCAUUGCCAACAUCCUCACACUGGUGGAUUCCCGCCAGGCAGGAGCACCACCACCUCCAACCUCCCCUGAAAGGCUUUGCCCCCCACCCCAAGCAUCUACAUCUACAUCCCCAUCCUUGCUCUGUGGUCUCCUUCCCAUCUUCCCACCACGUCUACGGAGUGGGUGCCGGCUCCCUCCCCCAGGGGUGGGAGCGAGGAGCUGGGGGACACACUUGACAAACCCUUGGAGAACGAUGCGGAGGGCGUGUGGAGCCCCGACAUCGAGCAGAGCUUCCAGGAGGCCUUGGCCAUCUACCCGCCCUGUGGCCGCAGGAAGAUCAUCCUCUCUGAUGAGGGCAAGAUGUACGGACGCAACGAGCUCAUAGCCCGCUACAUCAAACUCCGCACUGGGAAAACGCGGACCAGGAAGCAGGUGUCCAGUCAUAUUCAGGUCCUAGCACGACGAAAGGCCAGGGAGAUCCAGGUGAAGCUGAAGGUACGCUACGACCAGGCGGCCAAAGACAAGGCGCUGCAGAGCAUGGCCACCAUGUCCUCAGCGCAGAUCAUCUCACCCACCGCUUUCCAGAACAAGAUGGCGCUCCAGGGUCUCUCCAGGCCGGCUUAUCCCACGACUGGUGGUUUUUGGCACGGGGCGCUUCCAGGACAGCCAGGAGGCCAUGAGGACAUUAAGCCCUUCUCCCAGCAGACUUACACCAUGCAAGCAUCCGGCCCCGCCCCCAUAACAGGUUAUGAAAGCACUGCGGGUCUGUCUAUGUCACCCGGUGCCCCCCCUUGGCAGGGAAGAAGUAUCGCCAGCUCCAAGCUGCGAAUGCUGGAGUUCUCCGCCUUCCUGGAACAACCUCAAGACCCAGAGACUUUCAACAAACAUCUUUUCGUGCACAUCGGCCAGUCCAACCCCAGCUACAGCGACCCCUACCUGGAGUCGGUGGACGUCAGACAGAUCUAUGACAAAUUCCCUGAGAAGAAAGGAGGCCUGAAGGAGCUGUACGACAAGGGGCCACUCAACGCCUUCUUCCUGGUCAAAUUCUGGGCGGACCUGAGCAUCAACCUGCAAGAUGACAGCAGCUUCUUCUAUGGCGUCUCCAGCCAGUAUGAGAGCUCAGAGAACAUGAUCAUCACCUCGUCCACCAAGGUCUGCUCCUUCGGCAAGCAGGUGGUGGAGAAAGUGGAGACCGAGUACGCCCGCUUCGAGAAUGGCCGCUACGUGUUCCGGAUCCACCGCUCGCCGCUAUGCGAGUACAUGAUCAACUUCAUCCACAAGCUCAAACACUUGCCUGAGAAGUACAUGAUGAACAGCGUGCUGGAGAACUUCACCAUCCUUCAGGUGGUGACCAACAGGGACACCCUGGAGACGCUGCUCUGCGUGGCCUAUGUCUUUGAGGUGUCCACCAGCGAGCAUGGCGCCCAGCAUCACAUCUACCGGCUGGUCAAGGACUGACACGGCCGUGAGCCCCCGCCCCCGCGCCCCCAUAAUUGGGACACACAAUCCUCCGCGAGCUUCAAGCUUGAACGCGACGCCCCCAGAGACGUCCCUAAUGAUGAGGAUUGUGGAGACCGCAACCAGGCUUAGCGGUGGAAACAAGGACCAUGAUGGACUGGGGUCUCGGCACCACAGUAGACCUGCCUGGCCAUGAAAGACUUGCAUGAGAACGUUGUCAUUGUUGUUUUUUUUUAAAUUUUAUUUUAUUUGAAAUCUGAUUCUAGUAGUGCUUGUUUUGAAUUGAUUGUGUCACGCAUGUGCAGGCUGACUCAGGGCGUCAAGGGUGCCACCUACUGACUCAACGAUGAACAACAAUGACAGGCAUGGAAGUAGGAGCAAAGAAUUGCACAACCUGUUCGUUUUCAGUGUCAAUCACGUGUGCUUUCUGAGUAAUUCUACUGUCAAAGUGCCACAUCUAAAAAAAAAAAAAAGAGUGUUUGUAUUCACUUUGUCAUUUUUGGGUGUUUUUAAGUCUUCGUUUUUGUCUUACAGCUUGGAAGUGACUCCAACAAAAAGGCACAUAAAAAUAAUAAUAAUAAUGAUAAUAACACUGCUACCUUGAAGCACAGUUUCUGCUGAUUGCAUCAUGUCAUUUGGCCUGAAGUGUCGGAUAAAAUGUGUUUCUUAUAAAAAAUUACUUCUGGUGCUUCUUU